AUGUCACGCUCUCGAGUCUUCAAUAGCCCGACGGUCGUUCCUGUGCAGGCAGACCACCCCGCAGUUGUUAUUCAGAACCGCUCGGUGGAUGAAGCGCGACCUCUAAGAGUUGUUGUGAUUGGAGCUGGAAUUAACGGCAUCUUGUCCUGUAUUCGAUUUGUCCAGCGAGUUCCUAACAUUGACCUGUGUAUUUACGAUAAGAACGCCGAUAUUGGGGGCACUUGGUUUGAGAAUAAAUACCCUGGCUGUGCAUGUGAUAUCCCCUCCCACACCUACCAAGCAAGCUUCGAGCCCAACAAAGAGUGGUCCGCAUUUUACGCACCUGCUCCAGAGAUUCAUCAGUAUUGGAAGCAUGUCGUGCAUAAAUAUGGCUGUCGGAGGUACAUGAAAUUGAAACAACGGGUACUGGGAGCAAGCUGGGAUGAGAAUGAUGCUAAGUGGCGGUUGGAGGUCGAAGAUGUUGAGAGCAGCUCAAAGUACCAAGAUCAAUGCGAUGUUUUGGUGCAGGCAACCGGCUGCUUGAACAACUGGAAAUGGCCGAGCAUCCCGGGCCUUCAUGACUUUAAGGGCAAAAUAAUGCAUAGCGCCGAUUGGGAUACAGAGUAUGAUUAUACGGGCCAAAACAUUGCCGUCAUUGGAAAUGGUUCGAGUGGCAUCCAGGUCGUGCCCGGAACCUUGCCAAAGGUAGCACAUAUCGAUCACUACAUACGCAGUCGCACUUGGAUAUGUCCGCCAUUUGCUGAAGAUGUACUUAAUAAGCAUGGCAUUGGCGCUGAUAACUACUCGUUUUCCCCCGAGGAGCUUGAGACUUUCAAGAAUGAUCCUGCAGCCUUUAUCAAAUUCCGCAAAGAGGUUGAACUCCAAAUGCAGUCCGCCCACGAAGCCACGCUUAACGGCACACCCAUGCAACUGGGUGCAAUCCCAUUCUUCACCGAGAAUAUGAAGCGACGCCUAAAAAACAAGCCCGAGCUAUUAGAUGAACUCUUACCAUCUUUUCCACCAACCUGCCGUCGUCUAACCCCCGGCCCUGGCUACCUCGAGGCAUUAACAGACCCAAAGGUGGACGUCAUCAAAUCCGAAAUUGUCAAGGUCGACGAGACCGGUAUUCUCACCGCAGAUGGCCAGCACCGACCCGUCGACAUGAUUGUCUGUGCAACGGGGUUUGAUACCAGCUACACACCCCGAUUUCCUAUCACGGGAAUCAAUGGAUUGUCCCUUGCCGAACGGUGGAAGGAAUCACCCGAAACGUACCUCUCGAUCGCGACCGACGGGUUCCCGAACUAUUUCAUUUGUUUCGGGCCCAACUCAGGACUGGGUGAAGGAAACCUUCUUAUGCUGUUUGAGAGGGAGAUCGAAUAUUUCGCUGAGUGCUUACGCAAGAUUCAGCGAGACAACAUCCGGACUAUGAGUGUGAAACCUAAAUCUGUUAAGCGUUUUACUCGGUAUUGUGAUGAGUAUUUCAAGAACACUGUCUAUAGUAGUGAAUGCCGCAGUUGGUAUAAGGGAGGAAAGGAAGAUGGACGUGUGACGGGUGUUUGGCCGGGCUCAUCAAUUCACUCCAUGAAGGUAUUUUCCAAUCCUCGUUGGGAGGACUUUGAGUACGAAUAUCUUAAUGAUAACCCGAUGGGCUGGAUUGGUGAUGGGUGGACUGAAAAUGAAAAGUACAAGAGGAUCAAUGUUGAUUAUUUGGAUGAUGACCAGAUCGACUUUCCCCGUCCGGUCGUACAGAAUGGAACGGAGUAA